GAAGAAGAGGAGCUGUUGUGUCGUGUGCGUGCAGUAAGAUCUUUACAUUAUGUUCUGCUCCAGUCCUGAGACUUGUGUGCUUUAGAAUAGAUUUACUUUGUUCGCGUUGACUCUGCUGUCUCUGUGCUUUCAGAUCUGUGCGGUUUCCUUCUCAGUCCGUCUUUAAGCGCAUUUGUUACUGCUAUCCAAGAGCCGACUUCACAGUCCCUCGCACCCUACUGUUCCUGCAGCUGUCGUCUACGACCUCAGGCCGAUGGAGCAGACUGAGGCUCUGACCGGCGAGAAGCGCUGCUUCCCCGAAGAGCAUCCGGGUCACGCCGCCAAGAGACUCCGAGUGGAAGAGGAGGAGGAGGAGAGCCGAGGAGAUGAGGAAGAGGAGCUGUGUGAGGAGGAGGAGGAGGAGGAGGAGGGGGAGAGCUUCGCUGACAUGAUGAAGCACGGACUCAGUGAGACAGACGUGGGCAUUCUCAAGUUCAUCAGCGAGCACAGAGGCUUCUCCGGCAUCCUGAAAGAGAGGUACUCAGACUUUGUGGUGCAUGAGAUCAAUAAAGAGGGGAGGACGGUUCGUCUGGAUGAUCUGUGUGUUCCUGCUGAUGUGGAGGAAGAGUCUCCGGAGUGCAGUUCAACCGACUCUCAGACGCUGACAGAAGAGCAGAAGCAGCAGCUGGAGGAGCUGCAGCUCUUCAAGAACAAAGAGGCCAGCGUGGCCAUCGAGGUGCAGCAGGAUUCGAAGGAGAAGCGCACUCUUCUGCACAGAGCUGUGAAGACGCUGUAUCCCGGCCUGGAGACCAAGACCGAGGACAGAGACGGGAAGAAGUUCAUCGUGGCGUAUCACGCUGCUGGGAAGACCGCGCUGGCAGAGCUCCGGCCCUCGGCAGCCCCUCGAAAGCACUCGUGGCCGAAGAACCGCGGGAGUUUCUGUCAUUUCGUGCUGUAUAAGGAGAACAAGGACACCAUGGACGCCAUCAACCUCCUGUCUAAGUUCCUCAGGGUCAGACCCAACAUGUUCUCCUACAUGGGCACCAAAGACAAGAGGGCCGUCACGGUGCAGGAGAUCGCAGUGCUGAAGAUCAGCGCUGAGAGACUGUCUCACCUCAACAAAUGCCUCAUGAACCUGAAGCUGGGGAACUUCAGCUAUAAGAAGCAUCCAUUAAAACUGGGAGAACUGCAGGGAAACCACUUCACGGUGGUUCUCAGGAAUAUCUCCGGCACUCAGGAGCAGGUGGAACAGGCCAUGACUUCACUCAGAGAAACCGGCUUCAUCAACUACUACGGCAUGCAGCGCUUCGGCACCACAGCCGUGCCCACACACAGACACACAGUAGGCAGGGCGAUUCUGCAGAACAACUGGAAGGAAGUCGUGGAUCUCAUCCUGAAACCUCGUCCUGGAGCGGAGAAGGGCUAUCUGGUGAAGUGCAGAGAGGAGUGGGCUCGCUCUCAGGACCCCGAGGCGGCGCUGAAGAAGCUGCCGGUCAAACGCUGCGUGGAGGGUCAGUUACUGAGAGGCCUGGCCAAGUACGGCAAAAACAACAUCAUCACAGCCUUCGGACUGAUCCCUCGUAACAACAGGCUGAUGUACAUCCACAGCUAUCAGAGCUACAUCUGGAACUGUGUGAGUGAGUGAGUGAGUUUGAGUAAUCUCCGGUGUAUUUCAGGCUCGGCUCAUGUUCUGUCCGCUGAUGAGGCAGAGAAACACUCUCUUCAUGACGUGGUGAUGCCGCUGCCGGGGUUCGACAUCAUUUAUCCCACUCACAGCGUGGGCGGAGGCUACAGAGACAUGCUGAGCGCUGAUGACCUGGACAUCGAGAACAUGAGGCACAAGGUUCGGGAUUACUCUCUGGCCGGCGCUUACAGGAGGAUCCUCAUUCGGCCCAGAGACGUCAGCUGGGAGCUGAUCCAGUACGAUGAUCCACGAGUGCCUCUCGUUCACACAGAUGUGGAGAAACUAGAAAACGCUCCGGCUCCGGUCUACCUCAAAGAGGGGAAGUAUGGGGCCCUGAAGAUGGAGUUUUCUCUGCCGUCCUCCACCUACGCCACGAUGGCGGUCAGAGAAGUGCUGAAGAUGGACACCAGCAUCAAGAACCAGACUCGGCUCAACAGCAGCUGGCUGAACUGACCGUCACAAACACACUCUGGAUCUCCCUCCGGCUGUAUUCUGCUCAGUACAUCGCUGAUCAAGACGUGACUGACGGAUGUGUGUCGUUUCCACACCGUGAAGAAGCUACAGCUCAGUUUAUUCAGUUUUAGUGUUGUUUUAAAGCUCUGCCAGAGUAUAAAGACAGUUCUUAAACACAUUUCCAGAGCUUUAGCAUAAAUGAACAUAUUCUGGUUCUUGUAAGGUUAAUUUUGCUCUUUGAUUUAUUAUUGUAAUGUUUGAUUCCUGCUGAAUAUUCAGUUUGUCAGUGUAAAUAAAGAAUCUGCCUGAUGUCUGUGUUUGGGUGAUUGAUCUGUGGGUAUGGAUUCACACUCGUAAGGCCGUU